GCCCCCUCAACAUUGAAGAUCCCAAAAUUCUUCGGCUGGGUAACUCUUCCAUGGCUCCUACGAAUUCACUGCAGAGUUACUCUCCCUGAGGCCUCUUUCCAAGCAAUGACAGCAAUACUGUGUCAAGUGCCUUUAUCCUCCCUACUCCACUUUGCCGCCUGGGAGGUGGGGCUUCUCUCAAUCCCAGACAACAACAAACAAUCACAAUUUAUGCUAGAGGGCAUAGGCAGUGGUUUUCGGAUUGGUAUCGCAACCUGCAGUCAGCUUACGACCACCCACAGG